AAAUGCAGUGACUAUAUUUCGGGUUGAUCUUUUUGAGCUGAAAUGUCAGAUUCGAAUGAUGCCGGUAACAAUGGAGACAAUGAAGGGUCAGUGAUUAAAAGAGAGAAGACCGAAGAUACUGAGAGCAGUGGAGAAGAGUCGGGUGACAAUUCAUCUGACGAGGAGAGCAAUGCUAGCAGUGAAGAUGCAGGUAACGCUAAUGCUGGAAAUGGUUCGCCAGGCGAACCGGAAGCGGACACUGGGAUCGAGGAAUCAAGCAACCAGAUAGGGGAUGAAGCCGUGAACCCCCAAGAAGAAUCAAACAGUGUCGCUGACCCAAACAUGGAAUUGGACGAUGAUAAGAUUCCAGAAAAUAUUGAGGGUUCUAAUUUGGCAGAUCAGUUGGACGAAAGUCCAGAGUAUAACCCAGGUGACAGAGAAGAAGGUGAUGGAAUUGCGGAUCAAGCUGUGACCUCUGCUACUGAAGAACAAGAGCAAGAGUCUUCAGAAGCAUCCGACUCGGAGGACGAGCAAGUAGAAAAAACUGAAGAAGAAAUCGCCGAAACAGCCAAGGAAAUAUCAAAUGAACAAAAAACAGUAGUUGUAAAAAGUGAAAUGUUGAACCAAUCGGAAGAAAUGCAAAACAGGGAGUCUCCAGAAAACGAAAUAAAUGAUUCUAAUCCAGUUGAGAGCUCUGCCGGAAAUAAAGCAGAAAAUGGCAAUGAGUCGACUGAAGAACCAUCUGUCGCGGUGAAAUCUGAAAUAGUCGAAGAGAAUGAGGCUUCUGAUGAUCAGGAGCAAGAAGCUGAAAGCGGAGCCAGUGCCAGUGAAAAUGAAGCAAAAUCGGAAGAGCCAAAGAGCAAAUCAAGGCCGUCGGCUGUUGAUAUUUUUGGAGAAGAUUUGGAGUGCUCUUCGAGCAGUGAGAACGAAGAUGAGCCCAAGAAAGAGGCGGUUGUGAAUGAAUUGCUGAACGAUGAAGCGCAUGAAGAGAAGGAAGACGAGGAAGCUGAAGAGAUGGAUACUUCGAAGAUUGAAGAUGUGGACCAAUCAGCGGUGGCGGAAGAGGAACCGGAAGUUCAGGAAGAGACGAGGAUCGAAGUUGAGAUCCCGAAAGUGUCGGCGGACCUGGGCGAAGAUCAUUUCUAUGUGAAACUGCCCAAUUUCCUCAGCGUGGAAACUAGACCCUUCGAUCCCAUGCUCUACGAGGACGAAAUUGACGAAGAUGAUAUUUUAGACGAAGAAGGUCGCUCGAGGCUAAAACUGAAAUGCGAGAAUACAAUUCGAUGGCGAAAUGUUCCGACCGACGAAGAAGGUAAUUUCGAGAAGGAAAGUAACUCUCGAUUCGUCAAAUGGUCAGACGGAAGUUUGACACUUCAUUUGGGAAAAGAAAUAUUCGAUGUGCACAGAAUGAAGAUGAGCGGAGACUAUAACCAUCUUUUUGUGCGACAGGGUACGGGGUUGCAAGGAAUCGCUGUUUUUCAGAACAAACUAAUUUUCAGACCUCAUUCUACAGAAUCAUUCACACAUCGAAAAAUGACACUCUCUUUAGCGGAGAGAAGUCAGAAGAAACAGCAAAUAAAAGUGCUACCAAUGGCAGGUAAAGAUCCUGAAUCGUUACGCAAUGAGAUGUUGAAAAAAGAGGAUGAAAAGUUGAAAGCGAGCUUGAGGCGAGAUGCACAGCAGCGUAGAAUCAAAGAACGGCAACAGGCCCGCGGUCUGAACAGGUCUUACCUGGAUGGGACUGUUUCCGAUGAUGAUGAAAAUCCUAAUUCCUACAGUGUUCGUAACAUUAAAAACCAGUUUGGCAAGCCAGGCCAGAAUAUAUAUUCGGAUUCUGACGAAGAAAACGAAGAGUCUUCGACUGACGAUGAAGACUACGACGGUGAUGAUGCAAAGUCGACAGUUAGUAAGAAAACGGAAGCGUCGUCUGCGGCUCCGAAACGUGCAAAGCCGACAACAUUAGUCAGCUCGGACGAGGAAAGCGACAACGAAAAAGGCGAGAGCUCCAGUUCGAAACCAGCGAAGACGAAAUCUAAGAAGAAACCGAGUAAGAAGCGAGCGAAAAUCAGCGAGGAUGAAGACGAAGAUGAAGGGGGUGAGUUUGUGGCGAGUGAGGGGGGUUCGGAAAAGGAGGGGGAGGGGGGCAGUGAAGGAGGGCAGAAAAGUUCCUCGGAGGCCGCCGGAAGUGGGGAGGAAGAAGAAGUCGAAGAAGAAGAAGAGGAAGAAGUCGAGGAGGAGGAGGAGGAAGAAGAGGAAGUUGAGGAACAAGUCCAACAGGAAGAGAGUUGAACAGAGUGCGAACAAUCAAAUACUUCCAUGUUUGCCUCUUCAUUAAACACAUGUGAUGCUCUCCAAAUGCAUAAGACAGGCGAGUGCAUCGAAACGAAGUAAAGAUGAGAAAUGGUGGUCUAUUCUGUGAAGUUUGAUUGAAUGAAUGUCUAGUAUUGACAAAGCGUUUUUGGAUGCAAAACUAAAAUGCUUAUUUUAAUUUAGUUCUUUCGUUGA